AUGUUGGGCUCAGAUGACUUCUUCUACAUAGGGGGGAGUCCCAAUACAGCAGACCUGCCCGGAUCACCCGUCAGCAACAACUUCAUGGGCUGCCUUAAAGACGUGAGUGUCUCUCUGGUUCAGUACUGGGAUCGAGGAGGGAAACACACACAAACGCAUGCAUGCACCCACACACACACGUACGCUACAGGAGGCUGCUGAGGGGAGGACGGCUCUUAAUAAUGGCUGGGAUGGAGUGAAUGGAAUGGUAUCAAACACCAUACCAUUCCAUUUAUUCCAUUCCAGCCAUUACUAUGAGUCCUUCCGCCCCAAUUAAGGUACCACCGACUGCCUGUGAUGCGCGCACACACACACACACACACACACACACACACACACACUCAUACUUGCUCGCGUACACAAACAGUCUACACAGAUGUCAUUUCUCUGCGUCUGAGCCAGUGUGUGUGAGAGAGUAGGCGGAGUCAGACAGGCUUGUAGAUGCAUCAAAAGUUCCCAAUGAAUAUUCUGGAUAUUCUCUCAGAGAUGCUGAGUUAUUCUCCUAACUCUAAGAGGAAGUAAAAUGAUAAGUCACCAUAGUUGGUAUGAAAUAGUUUUUCUCACCAAUAAGGCUCCAAGCCACAACUUAACAAGAUGAGAAAAACACCACUCCAUUUAAAACAUUAUACGCUGGUAUGCCUAAGGACUUAUAUAGGAAGGACUGGGAAUAGGGCACCAAUUCAUUUCCUCAUAAAGGUUCUCUGAUUUGAAUAAGUUAUUACUUUUUCAUCAGUUUUAAUGAAUCAUAUAGUAAUCACAUCUCUAACUUAAUUAUGCUCUUACAAUUACAUUUUCAUUAUUUUGGUUGCUAUCAGAAAAAUUCCUUCUUGGACUCAUCCUCCCAAGUCAUUUCUAGUCUGUCUCCUGAAGAUGAGGAUCAGGGCCGUUUCUAGCUUUUUGGGGGCCCUAAGCGAGAUUUGGUUGAGGGGCCCCCCCACCUCACGGGCAAAACAUUUUAUUGUCCCCCCUCUUGGCAGCGUAGAGAACCUUUUAAAACAAAUGUAAUGCGAUUUUACUCAUUGUGCCAUGGGGCGGAGAGAAAACGUUGCCUUUUUAAAGCUAAUUUCCUGCAAUUCUACACAUUUGCCAUGGGGUUGAGAGAAACAUGUGUAGUUUAAAAGCAAAUAUCCUGCAAUUCUACACAUUUUGCCAUGACUUAUGCAACGUUCAUAUGAUAUGUGUGAGAGUGACUAACAAAAUCAUUUGGGGUCCCCUAGAGGUCAGGGCCCUUGGGCACGUGCCUUGCGUGCCCGGUCAGUAAUUCGGCCAUGAUGAAUACAAGGUUUAGAUAUCUGGCUAGUCUAACUUACCUAGCAAUCUAUAAAAUGUUAGCUGGCAUGGGCUAAUUGAGUGACGGUCAGUAACCGAUAUAACAAGAGGAAAACUGCUGAUGCACUACCAAAUGUAUAAAUUGCACGUUGUGUAUUCUACUAUCCUAACUAACAGUAAGUUUAGAUCCUGACUGACUUCCUAAAGUUGCUUAUGCCGACUGACUUCCUAAAGUUGCUUAUGCCGAAAAACAGCACUGAUGAGGAUGAUUAAACAAUCAAUUCACAAACAGAGGGAGAGAAACAUAGGGAGAGAAACAUAGGGAGAGAAACAUAGGGAGAGAAACAUAGGGAGAGAAACAGAGGGAGAGAAACAUAGGGAGAGAAACAUAGGGAGAGAAACAGAGGGAGAGAAACAUAGGGAGAGAAACAUAGGGAGAGAAACAGAGGGAGGAAAACAUAGGGAGGAGAAGAACAGAGGGAGAGAAAAAGAGGCGAGGGAGAGAACAUAGGGAGAGAAACAGAGGUGAGAGAACGAGUAACAUAGGGAGAAGAGGAAACAGAGGGAGAGAAAACAGAGGGAAUAGGAGAAAACAUAGGGUAGAGAAAAGUCGAGAGAAACAGAGGGAGAGAAACAGAGGGAGAGAAACAUAGGGAGAGAAACAUGAGGGAGAAACGAGGAGAAACACAUAGGGAGAGAAACAGAGGGAGAGAAAACAGAGGGAGAGGAAACAGGGAGAGAAACAGAGGGAGGAGAAAAAUGAGGAGGAGAGAAAACAGAGGGAGAGAAACAUAGGGAGAGAAACAGAGGGAGAGAACAGAGAGAACAGAGGGGAGAAACAUAGGGAGAGAAACAGAGGGAGAGAAACAGAGGGAGGAGAAAACAAGGGACGAGGGAGAGAAACAGAGGGAGAGAAACAGAGGGAGAGAAACAUAGGGGCGAGAGAAAACAGAGGGAGAGAAACAGAGGGAGAGAAACAGAGGGAGAGAAACAUAGGGAGAGAAACAGAGGGAGAGAAACAGAGGGAGAGAAACAUAGGGAGAGAAACAGAGGGAGAGAAACAGAGGGAGAGAAAAAAACAUAGGGAGAGAAAACAGAGGGAGAAGAAACAGAGGGAGGAGAAAAAACAGAGGGAGAGAAAACAGAGGGAGAGAAGAAACAGAGGGAGAAGAAACAGAGGGAGAGAAACAAGGGAGGAGAGAAACAGAGGGAGAGAAACAUAGGGAGAGAAACAGAGGGAGAGAAACAUAGGGAGAGAAACAGAGGGAGAGAAACAUAGGGAGAGAAACAUAGGGAGAGAAACAGAGGGAGAGAAACAGAGGGAGAGAAACAGAGGGAGAGAAAAAGGGAGGAGGAGAAAACAGAGGGAGAGAAAACAUAGGGAGAGAAACGAGGGGAGAAACAUAGGGAGAGAAACAUAGGGAGAGAAACAGAGGGAGAGAAACAGAGGGAGAGAAACAUAGGGAGAGAAACAUAGGGAGAGAAACAUAGGGAGAGAAACAUAGGGAGAGAAACAGAGGGAGAGAAACAGAGGGAGAGAAACAUAGGGAGAGAAACAGAGGGUGAAAAGGAUGGAGAGGAUGAGUAAAAAAUGAGAGGAAGAGGAAAACGGAGGAUGAGGGAAAAGGAGGAUGAGGGAAAAGGAGGAUGAGGGAAAAGAAGAGUCGGAGCCAGAGAGGACCAGAGUCUUUUAGAGAUACACUUAGUUUACCUUGUUUUAUUGGUCCUAGAUAACGCUGUGGAUGUGUGGUGUGUGUUUGCAUGCCUUUUUUUUUUUGGGGGGGGGGGGGGGGGGGGGGGUAGAAGGAUUACUUUUAUCCUAUCCCAGGUAUUCCAUAAAGAGGUGGGGUUUCAAGUGUCUCCGGAAGGUGGUGAGUGACUCCGCUGUCCUGGCGUCGUGAGGGAGCUUGUUCCACCAUUGGGGUGCCAGAGCAGCAAACAGUUUUGACUGGGCUGAGCGGGAACUGUGCUUCCGCAGAGGUAGGGGGGCCAGCAGGCCAGAGGUGGAUGAACCCAAUGCCCUCGUUUGGGUGUAGGGACUGAUCAGAGCCUGAAGGUACGGAGGUGCCGUUCCCCUCACAGCUCCGUAGGCAAGCACCAUGGUCUUGUAGCAGAUGCGGGCUUCAACUGGAAGCCAGUGGAGUGUGUGGAGGAGCGGGGUGACAUGAGAGAACUUGGGAAGUUUGAACACCAGACGGGCUGCAGCGUUCUGGAUUAGUUGUAGGGGUUUAAUGGCACAGGCAGGGAGCCCAGCCAACAGCGAGUUGCAGUAAUCCAGACAGGAGAUGACAAGUGCCUCGAUUAGGAGUGCGCUUCCUGUGUAAGGUAGGGUCGUACUCUGCGAAUGUUGUAGAGCAUGAACCUAUAGGAUCGGGUCACCGCUUUGAUGUUAGCGGAGAACGACAGGGUGUUGUCCAGGGUCACGCCAAGGUUCUUUGCACUCUGGGAGGAGGACACAACAGAGUUGUCAACCGUGAUGGCGAGAUCAUGGAGCGGCCAGUCCUUCCCCGGGAGGAGGAGCAGCUCCGUCUUGCCGAGGUUCAGCUUGAGGUGGUGAUCCGUCAUCCACACUGAUAUGUCUGCCAGACAUGCAGAGAUGUGAUUCGCCACCUGGUUAUCAGAAGGGGAAAGGAGAAGAUGAAUUGUGUGUCGUCUGCGUAGCAAUGAUAGGAGAGACCAUGUGAGGAUAUGACAGAGCCAAGUGAAUUGGUGUAUAGAGAGAAUAGGAGAGGGCCUAGAACUGAGCCCUGGGGGACACCAGUGGUGAGAGCACGUGGUGCGGAGACAGAUUCUCGCCACGCCACCUGGUAGGAGCGACCUGUGAGGUAGGACGCAAUCCAAGAGUGAGCCGCGCCGGAGAUGCCCAACUCGGAGAGGGUGGAGAGGAGGAUCUGAUGGUUCACAGUAUCAAAGGCAGCAGAUAGGUCUAGAAGGAUGAGAGCAGAGGAGAGAGAGUUAGCUUUAGUAGUGCGGAGAGCCUCCGUGACACAGAGAAGAGCAGUCUCAGUUGAAUGACCAGUCUUGAAACCUGACUGGUUUGGAUAAAGAAGGUCAUUCUGAGAGAGAUAGCAAGAGAGUUGGCUAAAGACGGCACGCUCAAGAGUUUUGGAGAGAAAAGAAAGAAGGGAUGCUGGUCUGUAGUUGUUGACAUCAGAGGGAUCGAGUGUAGGUUUUUUGAGAAGGGGUGCAACUCUCGCUCUCUUGAAGACGGAAGGGACAUAGCCAGGGGUCAAGGAUGAGUUGAUGAGCGAGGUGAGGUAAGGGAGAAGGUCUCCGGAAAUGGUCUGGAGAAGAGAGACGGGGUUAUCAAAUCAAAUCAAAUCAAAUUGUAUUGGUCACAUGCGCCGAAUACAACAGGUGCAGACAUUACAGUGAAAUGCUUACUUACAGCCCUUAACCAACAGUGCAUUUAUUUUUAACAAAAAAAGAGCAGAAGUAAAAUAAAAUAACAGUAGGGAGGCUAUAUAUACAGGGGGGUACCGGUGCAGAGUCAAUGUGCGGGGGCACCGGCUAGUUGAGAUAGUUGAAGUAAUAUGUACAUGUGGGUAGAGUUAAAGUGACUAUGCAUAAAUAAUUAACAGAGUAGCAGCAGCGUAAAAAGGAUGGGGUGGGGGGGCAGUGCAAAUAGUCUGGGUAGCCAUGAUUAGCUGUUCAGGAGACUUAUAGCUUGGGGGUAGAAGCUGUUGAGAAGUAUUUUGGACCUAGACUUGGCACUCCGGUACCGCUUGCCGUGCGGUAGCAGGGAGAACAGUCUAUGACUAGGGUGGCUGGAGUCUUUGACAAUUUUGAGGGCCUUCCUCUGACACCACCUGGUAUAGAGGUCCUGGAUGGCAGAAAGCUUGGCCCCAGUGAUGUACUGGGCCGUACGCACUACCCUCUGUAGUGCCUUGCGGUCGGAGGCCAAGCAGUUGCCAUACCAGGCAGUGAUGCAACCAGUCAGGAUGCUCUCGAUGGUGCAGCUGUAGAAUUUUUUGAGGAUCUGAGGACCCAUGCCAAAUCUUUUCAGUCUCCUGAGGGGGAAUAGGCUUUGUCGUUAGGGUCAAGCGGGCAGGUUGUUGGGCGGCCGGCCGUCACAAGUCGCAAGAUUUCGUCUGGAGAGAGAGGGGAGAAAGAAGUCAAAGCAUAGGGUAGGGCAGUGUGAGCAGGACCAGCGGUGUCAUUUGACUUAAUAAAUGAGGAUCGGAUGUCGUCAACCUUCUUUUCAAAAUGGUUGACGAAGUCAUCCACAGAGAGGGAGGAGGGAGGGGGAGGAGGAGGAUUCAGCAGGGAGGAGAAGGUGGCAAAGAUCUUCCUAGGGUUAGAGGCAGAGGCUUGACAUUUAGAGUGGUAGAAAGUGGCUUUAGCAGCAGAAACAGAGGAAGAAAAUGUAGAGAGGAGGGAGUGAAAAGAUGACAGGUCGGCAGGGAGUCUAGUUUUCCUCCAUUUCCGCUCGGCUGCCCGGAGCCCUGUUCUGUGAGCUCGCAAUGAGUUGUCAAGCCAUGGAGCAGGAGUGGAGGACCGAGCUGGCCGGGAGGAUAGGGGACAUAGAGAGUCAAAAUAUGCGGAAAGGGAGGAGAGGAGGGUUGAGGAGGCAGAAUCAGGAGAUUGGAGGGAGAAGGAUUGAGCAGAGGGAAGAGAUGAUAGGAUGGAAGAGGAGAGAGUAGCAGGAGAUAGAUAGCGAAGGUCGCGACGGCGCAUUACCAUCUGAAUAGGGGCAGAGUGAGUAGUGUUGGAGGAGUGCGAGAGAGAAAAGGAUACAAAGUAGUGGUCGGAGACUUGGAGGGGAGUUGCAGUGAGAUUAGUAGAAGAACAGCAUCUAGUAAAGAUGAGGUCAAACGUAUUGCCUGCCUUGUGAGUAGGGGGAGACGGUGAGAGGGUGAGGUCAAAAGAGGAGAGUAGUGGAAAGAAGGAGGCAGAGAGAAAUUAGUCAAAGGUAGACGUAGGGAGGUUAAAGUCACCCAGAACUGUGAGGGGUGAGCCAUCCUCAGGAAAGGAACUUAUCAAGGUGUCAAGCUCAUUGAUGAACUCUCCAAGGGAACCUGGAGGGCGAUAAAUGAUAAGGAUGUUAAGCAUGAAUGGGCUAGUGACUGUGACAGCAUGGAAUUCAAAUGAGGAGAUAGACAGAUGGGUCAGGGGAGAAAGAGAGAAUGUCCACUUGGGAGAGAUGAGGAUUUCUGUGCCACCGCCCCGCUGACCAGAUGCUCUCGGGGUAUGCGAGAACACAUGGUCAGACGAGGAGAGAGCAGUAGGAGUAGCAGUGUUUUCUGUGGUAAUCCAUGUUUCCGUCAGCGCCAAGAAGUCGAGGGACUGGAGGGUAACAUAAGCUGAGAUGAACUCUGCCUUGUUGGCUGCAGAAUGGCAGUUCCAGAGGCUGCCGGAGACCUGGAACUCCACGUGGGUCGUGCGUGCAGGGACCACCAGGUUAGAGAGGCAGCAGCCACGCGGUGUGAGGCGUUUGUAUAGCCUGUGCGGAGAGGAGAGAACAAGGAUUGACAGGCUACAGAAAAGGCUACACUAAUGCAAAGGAGAUCGGAAUUAAAUUAACUAAACAUCUGGGGAAGCGAGGCCUCCCUCACUAACCUUUCACUGAAACACUCAAAUACAACUCUUCCAACUUCCACUUUAGAAAUUAUAAUUGCUGUAAUCUACAGUAGUUCAAUGUUUCCAGGAAUAGACUAACUUAGUUUAUUCAGCUAGCUAACUUGGUACAGUAUUCUUCUGUGAAAACUGCCCAGGGCACCAUAUCCUAUGACGCCAUAGCUAACUAGCAUGCUAGCAUCCAAUAACACACGGUUUAGCACCAAUACUUGGUUACAACAAACUACCAAUGGAUCAUUCAUGUCCGUGUCUAGUUCCUUUCAUAACGCAGAAGUAAUUAAACGUUGGCUAGCUAGCACAAAGUCAGUCAUGCUAGCUACACAAGUGGACUACACAUCUCGAAUGUUCAGAAAGUGAAGCUUACCUUGCAAAAUUCUCAUUGACUAAAAUUAUACAGUACUGCUAGCUGGUAAUGUUGGCUAGCUAGCAGUGGCUGCGGUGUUGACUGUUUGAAAAUGUAGCUGGCUAGCUAACCUCGAUAGUUUCUCUAUACUACACCUUUGUCUUUGAUACCAAGACAACUAUGUAGCUAGCUAACUUUACACUAAUCAAAUCGUUCUGUUGAAAUGUAUUUAGUUGCUACAGUACUGCUAGCUGGUAUAGUUGGCCAGCUAGCAGUGGCUGCGGUGUUGCUACCCGCUAGCUAGCUAUUUUUAAUGUAUACAUCUCACCAUGUCUACCUCUCCAGUGUUGUUCACUCUUUUCCCCGAUAUUACCAUCUGUCUUCCCUUCUGCUACCUCUCCUUCUCUCUACAUGUCAACUUGCUAUCAUUCUCUUUCACACCCUCCUAUCCCUCAUCUCCCUCUCUCUUCCCUCUCUCUCUCCAGGCAUUUGUGUAAUUAAGUAUAUUCCAAUGUUGCUGGUACACCAGCUUUGACAGCCAAAUUAAAAAUGUAUUUCUUCGACUGAUUCCCAAACAAGCAGAAUGCACCCCCCUCUCCUCCCUAUCUCUCCCCACCUCCCUAUUCCCUCUCUAUCUCUCCGCAACUCCAUGUGAGCCUCACCUUGGUAGAAUGAUAGGAUCUCCCGAACUCUCUUCUCUCUCCCGCCCUCAUUUGACAUAUUUUACACAGGCACCUCAGCGGGCAGUCUACCCAAUUCAUAUCUUCUCCACAAUGGGAAAUUAGUCAGGUGUGUGUGUGUGUGUGUGUGUGUGUGUGUGCACGCGCGCAAAGGUGUGUGCUUGUGUGGUGUGUGUUUGAGUCUGUGUGUGUGAGUUUGCUUGUGAGUAACAGAGAAACACUAAUUUGCAGGAGUUGGUGAUUACUUCUGUCUUGUUUGCUGCUCUUGCUCCCUGUCCUCCUCCUGACCUGAGAAGUGAAAACAGUAGAUGAAGUAGCUGUUGAAUACUGUUGAAGUACUGCACCUGUAUGUCAACUACAACAAAUAGUGUCAGCAAAAUAAUUAUUCCUUUUCAAAAAUGACCCUGCUCCGAAACAGAAAUUAACAUUCACACCUGCAACAACCCCCCAAUAAACAAACCCACAAUACAAUUAUAUACAAUUAUGGCCAACAACCUCCUCCAUUCACUCUCUCUUCCUCUCUCACACACACACACACACAUACACACACAUACCUCCCCACACACACACACGCACAUCCGAGGUCCUCAGCCCCUGAGAGCAUCAGUGAAAGUGAUUAUGUCUGGGCCAGGCUGACUGCAGCGCUGCUUAGGCUGUCCGAGUUUCUCAAUGACAAAACAAAUCAAUCCAGUCACCCUGAAGGAGACGAAUGGCCCAGCGCUAGUGCUAGCCGUGAGAACAGUGAAAAGCAUAAGCCGAUAUACGCCAUCGGUUCAGACAGACAUUCUGCCUAGGGCGCGCCCCCAAAGUUAUUCCUACAGAAAACGUGUCCCUGUGCCUUUUGGCAAAAGUUGUUAAAUAACAUCAGAAAAUAGAAAAAAACUGCCAAUCUUAUUACAGGAACUUAGCCUUCUGUAUCCAUCUAAACAUUAUUGCUGUCUUACCUCUAAACUCUCUAAAGUUAAUCUAAAAUUUGAUUACCGCUCAUGUACUUACUAUAUUGUAAUGUCGUCAACAUACAGUGCAUUCGGAAAGUAUUUUUCCACAUUUUGUUACUUUACAACCUUAUUCUAAAAUUGAUUACAUUUUUUAAAAUCCUCAUCAAUCUACACACAAUAUCCCAUAAUGACAAAGCGAAAACAGGUUUUUAGAAAUGUUUGCAAAUGUAUUAAAAAUAAAAAACAGAAAUACCUUUUUUACAUAAGUAUUCAGACCCUUUUCUAUUAGACUUGAAAUUGAGCUCAGGUGCAUCCAUUUCCAUUGAUCAUCCUUGAGAUGUUUCUACAACUUGAUUGGAGCCCACCUGUGGUAAAUUCAAUUGAUUGGACAUGAUUUGGAAAGGCACACCUGUCUGUAUAAGGUCCCACAGUUGACAGUUUAUGUCAGAGCAAAAACCAAGCCAUGAGGUCGAAGGACCUCCCUCUGGCAUCUCAGAUAUCACAAUACCAGCAAUUAACCCGUUCCUUUUUUUGAGGGACUGCAGCAUCUCAUCCUCCUCCUCGCCCACUUUCUCCUCUCCCUCUUUCUCAUCCUCCCCCUCCUCCCUCACUCUCUAUGUAACACCAUGAGUUGAGUCCGAUCACUGUGGCUGGUUUGUCGACUGCCAAAGAAGAGUUAGCACGGAUUAUUAGCGCCGCUAAUCCAUCCUAAUGACAAAACUGUGAGGUCCACAGGGCAGAACCUCAGGAGUUUAGCUACCGGAGUUCAGACCUGUGUUCAAGUAGUAUUUGUUGUUUAUCAAAUACUUUGGCUGGGUUUGCUUGAGAUAUGUCUGGUGCAAUGCAAUCAAUAGAAUAUCAAUAGAAGUGCAAACCCUGCCUAGCGCUCCGGGCAGGCUCAUUCAAACGCUCAAUGAGUUAGCCAAGCCUGCAGUCAUGAUGGAAAAUAUGUCAGCUUUACAAGUGGAGUCACAGUAUGGAGGAAAGGGGAAGCAGAGAUGUGCAGCUUUUGCAGUGCCGCUUGUAUUAUAUGUUGAAAUGGGAGAAGUGAGUUGAGGCACUCCCCAGUUCUCAUGUUAAAAACAUUUCAGUGAACCGUGAGAUUUCAGCUGGUCCAUUUUUGUUGCGGGCUUUGCAGUACCUCUGCACUGCCUUGAGAUGAAAAAAGAAAUGGGAGCCUGUGCUGGGAAUGGCAACCUUUCUAACACUCCUCUACAAUAACUUUGGGCUUGUGUGUGCGUCUGCGAGCCUGCGUAUGUGCACAUUUCUGUUUGUGAGUGUGUGUGCUCUCCGGAGUGUGUUCUCACCCUCUAAAAGUGGUGUUCUCGCACACUUCAGUGGUUUCACAGUGUGCCACCUUUCCAGGGCGGCUAACACCAUUCCUCCGAUGACAGCCAUCAGGAUAGUGUAUGGACCUGUCAGAAAAAACUGCAGGAAAGAAACACACCUGAAGACAGCUUAAGAAACUAUCCAGAGUUUUAGCACCGACUAUAUCAUGAAUGCACACACGAGAAUGCAGACUUUUAGCUUAAUGUCUGUAGACAUCUACUGUUAAUUUAUUCCUUUCAUCCUGCGUCUUGAUAUCUCCAAGAAUGCUGUUGUGAAUAAUUGAGUUUGCUAAACUAUGAAUCACACAUUCACACAAACAAACGCUGCACUUCUUUUAAAGUCUAUGGUUAGUCAUUUGAAAAUGACAGUGACUCUGUAGCAUAAUGGAUCUUGAGAUGCUAAAUUCAAUGUGAAGGGAGUUUUGAAUAGUAAGGCAGUGUAAACUGUAUGAAUACAUUGUCUUUCCGAGAAAUCCAAAGAAGGCUAGACGGUAUCGGUAUUCAAAGAGUAGUUUGUCUUACAUUAAUUUUAUUCACAUUGAAAGUCCCUGACGCAUGUGUCAAUGUCAAAACCUAUCAAUAUAAAAGUAGGCAGUUAGCCUUUGUAUGCAUCAUUUUUGUCUUUCCCAAAUUCAUGUUGUGUCUAUGAUUGCUAACAUAGCAUACAUAAUGUGAACAUUAACCUAAACAUUAGCUGACCAUACUAAAACCCAAAAUGUCUCUAUCGCCUUCCCCCUUUCCCUGUAGGUGGUGUACAAGAAUAACGACUUCAAGCUAGAACUCUCCCGGCUAGCCAUCGAGCGGGACCCUAAGAUCAGCCUGAACGGAGAUCUUGUCUUCCGCUGCGAGGACGUGGCCGCCCUGGACCCCGUCACCUUCGAGUCCCCCGAGUCCUUCAUCGCCCUGCCCAAGUGGAACACCAAGAAAACAGGCUCUAUCUCCUUCGACUUCCGCACCACAGAACCCAGCGGCCUGCUGCUGUUCAGCCACGGUCGCCCCCAGGGUCCUAAAGAGCAGAAGCCGGGUCGAGACAUGAAGUCAGACUACUUUGCUAUGGAGCUGAUGGAUGGGUUUCUCUACCUGCUCAUGGACAUGGGGUCGGGGAGUAUCAAGUUGAAGACGAGUAAUAAGAAGGUGAACGACGGGGAGUGGUGCCAUGUGGACUUCCAGAGGGAAGGAAGGAAAGGUGAGGAUAUGAACAUGGAGCUGUGUAACAAUACCUUCCUAAUGUUAUGGUUCUGAUGAAGUCCAAUGUACACACUUGUAAACUAUUGCAUAUAUACAGCUGUGUAUAUUCUACACAGGAGGUGCUGAGGGGAGAACGGCUCAUAAUAUUGGCUGGAAUGGAGUGAAUGGAAUGGUAUCAAACACAUAGAAACCAUGUUUGAUGUAUUUGAGACCAUUCCAUUAAUUCUGUUCCAGCCAUUACUAUGAGCCCGUCCUCCCCAAUUAAGGUGGCACUGGCCUCCUGUGCUUCUGAAGUACUUUAUUUUAUAGAGAACACGUGUACAGGCUAUGAAUAUUUGGAUGAUCUUCCUGUGUUUCAGCCCUGUCUAAAAGCAUUCUCCUACACACCUCUCCACCCCCUCCUCCCACCUCUCUCUCAGUCCUGUCAUAUCCAUCUCUUCUCGUACCAUCCCCUGAGGGGUGUGCAUGAUGCAUGCAUGCUUUCACAUAGGCACUUAUGUUUUUGUGUGUGUGUUGUGCGUGUGUGCAUGCCGUGUUACUAUAGGGAGUCUCUCUGAUCACACUCCUGCCCCUCCUGUAAUUGCUUUUUAAUAGACAAUUAAGAGUGAGUCGUAAAUCAUAGCCGGGUGCCACAAGAAGAACCCAGGUCUCAUCCACUCUCAUCCACGCUGCAUUUUUCUGGGUUGUUUCCCCUCCACUCAACCGACUAUAGCCACAACACAAACACACAAGAACAUACAAAAGCACUCUCAUUCAACAUACACUCAACCACGGUCACACACACACAAAAUCCCAUGCACUCAAUCACACUUGCACGCAAACAGAAGAGUACCAACAUGUAAACAGCCUUACUAACACACAUUAUCUUGCCUAAUGCUUCAGCUACAUUUACACACACCACAGGUGGCCGCUGGCACCUUAAUUGGGGAGGACGGCUCAUAGUAAUGUUUGGAACGGAAUCAAUGGUAUCGAACACAUCAAACACAUGAUACCAUUCCAUUCACUCCAUUCCAGCCAUUAUUAUGAGCCGUCCUCCCCUCAGCAGCCUCCUGUGACACACACAUACAGUACACACUCAAGGUUGGGGAGUAACUGAAUACAUGUUAUCAGUUGCAUGGAAUCUGACUACAAAAGAAAACUGUAACUGUAAUUGGUGACGUUUUGAAAAACUUGAUGAUUACUUCUUGGAUUACUUUUAAUUUCUGAAAGGAUGUUUGCUGGAAAGAAAAACAUUUUGGCACCUUACUGUUUUCUCAGUGACAUUCAAUUGAGCACUGUACACACUUGACAUGAUGCAUAUACCCCUCAUCUCACCUCUCUCCUCCUCUUUAUCCCAGGCUCCAUCUCGGUGAACAGCCGCAGUAUCCCCUUCAACUCCAACGAGGGCAGUGAGAUCCUGGACCUGGACAGCGACAUGUUCCUGGGGGGUCUCCCCGAGGCCCGCUCUGACCUGGUGCUGCCCCCCGAGGUCUGGACCGCCCUGCUCAACUACGGCUACGUGGGCUGCGUCCGCGACCUCUUCAUCGACGGCAAGAGCCGCGACGUGCGCCGCCUGGCCGAGAUCCAGAGCUGCCCGGGCGUUAGCAGCUUCUGCACCCGCGAGCUUCAGAAAAGGUGUAGCAGCACCCCCUGUGGGAACGGAGGCCUGUGUAAAGAGGGAUGGAACCGCUACAUAUGCGACUGCACCGGCACCGGCUACCUGGGCAGCAACUGUGAAAUCGGUGAGGAGAAACAGGGAGACUGGGGAAGGGGAGGAGUGGGGAACAGGUGGUGACAAAACACGAUGGGGACAUUUGGUGGCAGGCGGUGGAGAUUAAGUUAGAUUUGGUUUCAUGCUUACAAGUGUUAUUAUAGCCAGCAAGUUAAACCUAAUCAUAAUAGGCUUAGACAAUAAGACCAUAUUAACUUACCCCUGUGCUACUCUAAAGCAUCAACCAGCUGCAGUGUGGUAAAAGGACAUUUGAAGGAGCCUGCGUUGGCUUGGCAGGGAAGGGAAGCUAGCUGACUGAACUGCUGGGAGGUUGGGUGAGGCUUGGGGAGCUCGGUUGAGCGACGAUGCUUACUGUCACCAUCUGGGCUUGUCACACACAUCCAGGUGGUGCAAGGCUGCUCUCUCUGUCUGUCUGUCUGUCUGUCUGGGGGUGAUGCAACCUGCUAGCGGCUACGUGUGUCUAAUCCAUUAUAAUUCGCUGUAGGCUGUUUGUUGUGUCAUAGCAUCAAAGGAAAGUGGUAACAUCUCCUUUGAGGUGAAAUUAAUACACAAUUUAGGGAUGUUGUGUUGUAGGCCUAUCAAAGCUAACGACACAAUAGAGAGUCUGGAUUGAAAUUAAGGCAGUGGAGGAAGUGAAGGAUUUACGUGUAAUGGACAGUUUACGAAGUGAAAGACAGUUUAGUGUAAUAUUUUUGUUCUUAAAAUGGGCCGGCUAUGUUUUUCGUGGUGCUUCCCUGCCAUCUAGUGUGGCAAUUUAAUACUGCAAGGGCGUGAAAGCGAGUUAUGCUUGGUUGUCACAAGUCACAUAGUCAUUCUUAUCCAGAGCGAUUUACCGGAGCAAUUAGGGUUAAGUGCCUUGCUCAAGGGCACAUCGACAGAUUUGUUCACCUAGUCAGCUCGGGGAUUCGAACCAGCGACCUGUCGUUUACUGGCCCAACGCUCUGACCAGUGUGGCCUAAUGCAAUAUUUGUGUACGAGUAGUGUGGGACUUGGUCUUCAAUAAUCCAGUGAGAUUGGAAACUAACCUGAAGUAUUUAUGUCUUUAUUUCGAAAGAGCAGUCAUUCGGUACUAGUUUAGUUCUAUGUUUUUGUUUCUCAAAUGGGCCAGCUGUGUUUUUCAUGGUGCUUCCCUGCCAUCUAGUGUGGCUAUCUAAUACUGCAAGGGCGUGAAAGAGAGUUAUGCUUGGCUGCCACAAGUUUGACCAAUAUUUGUGUGUGAGUAGUGUGGGACUUGGUCUUCAAUAAACUAACCUUCUGCUAUUUCAUUUAACAGAAAGUAGUUGUUUGCCAAAAAGCGAUAUGCUAUGUGUUACAGUGGAUUUCAGUGGCCUAACCAGUAGCAGCAUACAGUAUUUGGUUUGUGCUCCCAACCAUAUGCAUCUAAAAUAAAAGGCAAGUACGCAGUCAUGGUGAAUCAGCCGAGCCCAUGGCGACAUGUGUUGACCCACAUACACUGCCCUCCUUAGGCAACUCUUCAGAAGUUAUCUAGUCAGCCUCAGGGGGUGCAUUCAUUGUUUUUUCUGAACAUGUCUAUGAUGAUGUUAAUGCAUCUAAAAUAUAUCUGCUAUUGUUUGUGUUAGAGUUGGUUUCACUAGUUUCUAGUAAAGACACGUUGCUAACCUUGGAUGUCCUUUCCGCACUGGGUGUCAAUGUGUAUUGGUUAAUCUAAUACUGUAUACUGAUCUCUAUUCUCUGAUUCUCUUGUUCAUGUAUGUGUGUGCGUCUGUCUGUCUGUAUCUUAAUGUGUGUCUGCUUCUGCAUUUUUUCCCAUACCUCCACCCCCUUACAGAGGCGACGGUGCUGAGCUACGACGGCAGCAUGUACCUGAAGAUCAUCAUCCCAGGCACCAUGCACACUGAGGCAGAGGACGUGGUGCUAAGGUUCAUGUCCCAACGGGCCUUCGGCCUCCUCAUGGCCACCACCUCCAAAGAGUCCGCCGACACCUUGCGGCUAGAGCUGGAUGGUGGCAGGGUCAAGCUGACCGUCAACCUAGGUAACCCAUGGCAACCCCACCAUGACCUUGGCAACCCCAUUCUCGUGCCCCUUCUGUCAAGCUCCAUCUCCACCCCCUAA